AUGAAUUUCUUCCGCCGCACAUUGAAGAAGCUGCCAAUUUUAGAAUUAUUGUCUAGUAAGUCAAAGCGACAGUACGAGUUUUCAUACGAACGUUUCUUGAAAUGGUGUGAUCAGAAAAAUGUCAGUGGAAAGGAGGCCAGUGAAAAAGUGCUUCUUGCAUACUUCGAAGAAAAGUCCAAAAUAUGGAAAUCGUCAACGCUUUGGUCGAAUUACUCUAUGUUGAAGUCGAUGAUGAACAGAAAUGAUCAUGACAUAAGCAGAUAUCACAAGCUUGUGGCUUUUUUGAAGCGAAAGGGUGAAGUAUAUCGACCGAAAAAGUCAAAAGUAUUGACAAGAGAACAAAUCGACAAAUUUCUCGCAGAAGCCCCAGAUGAAAUAUAUCUAAUGCAGAAAGUUGCUGCGAUUUUUGGUGUUUUUGGAGCCUGUCGUCGAGAAGAACUGUGCGAUUUGACAAUAAAUAAUAUCGAGGAUUCCGGAACUUCACUAGUUGUGCAUAUACCAGACACAAAAAUUAAUGUACAACGCACCUUUGUUGUAAGUGGUACAUUGUAUAUGAACUACUACAAAAAGUACAUAGCCCUUUGUCCAGUGGAUAUUAAUCAGUCUAGAGUUUUUAUAAAAUGCAUUAAAUGUGCCAGGACUCCAGUUGGAAUCAACACAUUUGCUAGUUUGUUGGCGGACUCUGGUGCUAGUCUUACUACAAUUAAAAAACAUGGUGGAUGGAAGUCCAGUACAGUAGCAGAGGGUAAUAUAGGAGACUCGCUACAAAGGAAACAGACCAUUGCAGAUCAAAUUUUGUCGAAAACUUCGGCAGAUAAUAUUGCUCUCUGCCCUGGUAGUGAAGAAGAUUUUAUUCGCAUGGUUCGUGAUAAUAUUACGGCAGCCAAUGCAUAUGUUUUACCACAAGAUAAUAGUAUCUUGAUUGGUGAUUUGAGAAACGAGAGAUGCAUUCAUGAAACCAGCAAAGGUGUUUCAACGAAACAACUUUCAGUAUGCGGAGUUCCUCAAGGUUCAAUACUUGGUCCUCUUUUGUUUGGUAUAUACACAUGUAAUUUAACAACGUGCCUGAUGCAUUGUUCUGUUCAUUUAUGUGCAGACGACACACAAUUAUAUUUGUCUUUUUUCUCAAGCGAUAAACAACUACCUCAAGAUGAAAUUAACUCUGAUUUAAAGCGAUCAAUCGCAUUUUCAGAUAACCAUAAUUUACAAUUGAAUGCAUCAAAGUCAUCAGUAUUAAUAUUCGGUAGACAAAAGCAGUUGGUAGAAUCGGUGUUUAGUGUUAAAAUUCAAGAUAAUUCUUUGCAGUGCUCCAAAAGUUCAAGAAAUCUCGGUCUCGAAUUUGAUACUCAUUUACGUUUCAAGCCGCACGUUAAUAAAUGUAUCCAACGGGCGUAUGACUAUGGCACUUUCGACUUCAUUAUAGUUGGAGGCGGAUCAGCUGGUACACUUUUGGCGAACAGACUCUCAGAAAUAGCGGAUUGGAAAAUUCUUCUACUUGAAGCGGGUGGACCAGAAAACGAUUUCUCUGAUAUUCCUGGACUGAACGCGUUUCUAAUGUUCUCAGAUAUGAAUUGGGGAUACUAUGGUAAACCCCAAUCACAAGCUUGUCUUGGAAUGAGGAACAAUUCUUGUGUUGCUCCCAGAGGAAAGGUGCUUGGCGGAUCCAGUGUGAUAAAUGCGAAACAGUUCGUGAGAGGAAACAAAGAAGAUUUCAACUUAUGGGAAGCGAUGGGAAAUGCUGGCUGGUCUUAUAAUGACGUUCUGCAAUAUUUCAUUGAAUUUGAGAACUAUCACAUCUAUAACGCUGAUCCUUUUUAUCAUGGGACAACCGGUCCAUUAGAUGUUGGUUAUACAGAACCCACAAUAAUGACAGAAGCUUAUAUAUAUGCAAUGAGAGAGUUGGGCUAUCCAUGGGUGGAUUUCAAUGGAGAAAAUCAAAUCGGAUCAUCACAGGCUAUAUUGACAAUCAAAGGAAAUAAAGCAUCAACAGGAGGAAGAGCAUUCAUUGAUCCAAUAAUUAUGAGUAGACCCAAUCUCAAUGUAACUCUCAAUGCCUUUGUGACGAGAGUAUUAAUCACCCAUGGCACAAGAAGGGCAAAUGGUGUAAGAUUCAUCAGAAAUGGUGAAAUAUAUGAAGCAAGAGCAUCUAGGGAAGUAAUUCUUUCAGCUGGGGCAUACAAUACCCCUCAGUUAUUGAUGUUAUCAGGAAUAGGACCAAGAUCAGAACUAAGGAGACAUAAUAUAAGUCUGAUUGAAGAUCUUCCUGUAGGACGAAACUUCCAAGAUCACCCUAUGUUCAUUGGGCUAGUUUUCAAAACCAACCAAAGUUUAUUCAACGAAUCUUUUGAAGAUAUGAUUUCGGGAUAUCUGAAGUCUCAUCGACCACUUACGACCAGUUUCAAUAUCGACUCUCUUGGUUUCAUAAAUGUCAACGAUAGUGAAAGCACUGUUCCAGAUAUUGAACAUAUGGUGAUGGCACCUCCAGGUUGGAAUUCACCCGCACUCAUUAGUAGAGUCCAAAACCUGAAUGAAGAAACGUUAGCUGCUUAUUUCAGAGAAUAUAACCCACACACAGACCUCGUCUUCUUGACAGUUUUGCUUCAUGAAAAAUCCAGAGGAUCAAUCACUUUAAGGUCGAAUGACCCUCGUGAUUUCCCGAUCAUAGACUACAAUUAUUUAACUGAUCGAAAUGGAUACGAUAUUGAAACAUUUUACAAUGGAAUAGAACAUACAUUGAAGUUACUUGAAACCGAUGCUUUCAAGGCAAUCAAUGCUUCAGUUAUCUCUGUGGUAGCUGGGUGUGACGAACACCCACAGUUCUCUCGAGACUAUUGGUAUUGUGCUAUUAGACAACUGAUAACGACUGUUUAUCAUCCGGUAGGAACAACAAGAAUGGGAAAUUCUAGACACAAUUCAGUGGUGUCCAACAAACUGAUAGUUCAUGGAAUGGAAAAUCUUAGAGUAGUUGAUGCUGGUGUAAUGCCAGAAAUUCCUUCUGGAAAUGUCCUUGCGGCGACGUACAUGAUUGCAGAAAAAAUAUCAAAUGAUAUCAAACUUCAUUAUCGUCAAUUAUGA